GUUUUUGAAGACACACUGAUUUGCUGCCCUUCCAUACAGGACAUACAUUCAAAUGGCUGGCUGGAUUGGAGGCCUGACCAGGGCAUGUCUGGUCAUCCUGCUUUUGUGGGAUCCUUACAACGUCACUGCCGACUCAGAUGAAGAAAUGGAAAGCGAUUGGACAUUGUGGAAACAGCAGAAUGGGGUGGCAUAUGAUGAAGAGAUGGAUGACUUUGAAAGAAAGGGGAUUUGGGAGAGCCACUUGAGGUACAUCAAAGACAACAACAUGAACUUCCUCCAAGGGAGCAAAGGGUUCACCAUGGCCAUGAACAAAUAUGGAGACCUGACACAUCAAGAGUACAAGCGUCUGCUGGGAGCCAAAAUCGACAUGAUGAAUGCAAAAAGAGGGAAGGAUGUGUCUCCGCGUAAACUCAGAGCUGGGGCCAAGCGUCUGGGGCUGGCCACCGUAGAUUACAGAACUAUGGGUUACGUCACUGAAGUCAAGGACCAGGGCUUUUGUGGCUCUUGCUGGGCAUUCAGCACUACGGGGGCCAUUGAGGGACAGGUAUUUAAGAAGACUGGCAAGCUGGUGUCUCUGAGCGAACAAAACCUGGUCGACUGCUCCAAGUCAUUUGGGACACAUGGCUGCAGUGGUGCUUGGAUGGCCAACGCCUAUGAUUAUGUGGUGAAAAACGGUCUGCAAUCAGCUGACACGUACCCUUAUACAUCGGUGGAUACCCAGCCUUGUUUCUAUGACAACGCCAGGGCUGUGGCCAAGAUCACUGAUUACAAGUUCAUACCAGCUGGAGAUGAACAAGCCUUAGCUGAUGCCGUGGCAACUAUAGGGCCGAUCACAGUUGCUAUUGAUGCUGACCACACCAGCUUCCUGUUUUAUAGCUCAGGGAUCUAUGAGGAGCCUCUCUGCAGCCCUCAGGGCCUCAGCCAUGCCGUGGUGCUGGUGGGCUAUGGCUCAGAGGGAGGAAAGGACUACUGGAUCAUCAAAAACAGCUGGGGCUCAGGGUGGGGAGAGGGAGGAUACAUGCGGCUUCUCCGCAAUGGAAACAACACCUGUGGAAUUGCCAGCUACGCCCUGUAUCCAGUCAUGUAAACAGCGAUUCAUCAAAAAUUCAACUCAUGUAUUGGUGAUUAAUAAAAAAUACUUGCCAAUUUUCUUUUCCUUCAACAAAGAGGCAAUUACAGUAGCAUGUGUCUUUGUCUAUGUUUUGUCUGUGUAGUUGUAUUAGUAGUAUGAUGUUUACUGAGGGCAAACCAUAACUCAGUGACAAAGCAAGCAGACAUCUGUGUCUAUAAGCUGACACAACAAGUAGAGCCGGUUUAUGAUGAGAUGCACUGUUUUACUUUUGGUCAUUUCUUUCUCCACCUUUCUUGAACAGUCUUUGUGUAUGGCAGGGUUUGUAAUGCUACCGAAUACGGUAUGAGAGACUGUGUAGACCUCGCCAUUUUUUUAUCUUGUGUAAUCAGUAUAUCUGUUUGUGUUUAAGUGAGUGUGUCACUGUAAAUGCACUGUAAAGCACACAUUUUGGUACAGAUCAUGCUCUUGAUGCUCCAAAAAGACACAUUUUACAAAUGUCACUAUCUUUAUUAACCUACAGGUUUAGUAAAUCGUAAACCAAUGAGAGACUAAUGCCAUGUUGAAGAAGAAAUUGAAUAAAAUUCUAACAAUCAAGUAAAAAAAGAAAAAAAAAAUA